GCGAUUUUGCAUCUUCCCAAGACAACUUCACGGCAUUGCAAAGGAUUCACGAAUCUGCCCACCAUCCCGCACCGCAUUACAGUCGCCGUGGCUCCGCUGCGCUUGUUACACAGCCGCCCCCGCGAUUGCCCGACUGGACAAUCGACGCCCUAUCUCGCCUCAAGCGCAUCCAUCCUUGGAAGCCAAACCGGGUAACCCUACACGACGCCCCUCGAGGGACGACGCCAACGAAGCGACACUCGCAGGGCCACAGUCACCUGAUACAGUCUCGAUUGCAAUAGAUACCCAGCUUCGAAAUCACAAAAUGGCAGCCACGCAGCCACUCCGGGCGACCUCUGCCUUCGCCGGCAUGUUGACCCGGUUCGCCCUCCCUGCCACAUUCAGCUCUCCUCUCCAGACAUCUCUGUCCGCAAUCAGAUUAGGAUCGGGACCCCUCCCUGUGAUUCCAGCGCUAGCUAUCGCCAUCCCAUCAGCGAUCCAGACGAUACCAUCGAUCCUCGGCGACAUCUGGGAGGGCAUCCUAAAGGCUGUCCCAAAGUCCAAGACGUCGCACAUGAAGAAGAGACACAGGCAGAUGGCGGGCAAGGCCCUCAAGGACGUGACCAACCUCAACAAGUGCCCAGCCUGUGGCGGCAUCAAGAAGAUGCACACCCUGUGCCCGACAUGUCUGAGCCGCAUCCAAACCGAGCUUGCGAAGAAAUAGUGUUGGAGGAAAGAGAUGGGAAAUAGACAGUUGUAACAAUAUCCUGAAGCGCUCGCUGCUGCAUUGGGCCGUUGGCGGCUCUCGCGUGGUGCCGGCGAGCGUACGAAGCUGUCAUUUAUGCAUUUGGCGGCGUUCUAGGGGACAGCUUGACGGCAUCAAGUCAUCAUCGAGCUACAUUUUGUAUCAUACCAUAUCAAUAUCAUGACUGCAGGUCGUCUUCACGACAAGACGGAUAUGUCCAAUCGACAAAAAGUGUCCAUUUAGCCUGCCUCCAGCUUGAUCGUAUUUGCGCAGCUCUAUAAAGAAGAGCUGCCCCUGCCAUGGG